UGUGCGCGCCCAGUGGAGAAAACAAGAACACCUAUCCUUUUUUCCGCUCCACCAUCUGUCCCUUUCUUCCAUUUCAUGUGCUCAACCGAUAUCCACCCCUCAAAGCUACAACUCUGUUGUCCCCCCCUCUCCCUUGCAGUGUAUUUUCCUGUCCACUCGGGUUUGCAGUUUGAACGAUGCAGACGGUCCCUUGCCCCGACUGUUCCCCCCUCCCCCACUAGCAGAGCUCCUGUUUCACUCAAAGAUGGCGUCAGCUUUGGAGCCUCUGGUCUCUGGCUGCAUUUUUGGGCUUGUUGUUGUCUCUGAUUCGAAGGAUUUUUGGCACAUUCAAGUCGGCAACUCGACACGAAAUUCCGGGUACGUUUUCUGCUGAAGUGCAAUCAGCACAAAGUUGAUCAGUCCUGGCUGCUCCCUGGGGUGAGAUAUCUUUUCCUUCCAGUCCUGAGAUCAAGUGGUCACCAUCGCGGGUAGAGACGCUAAAGAACUACUAUCGUUUGGUUGAAUGAAAUGUUCGUCCCUCAAAAGACUUGAUCAUCUCCAGGAAACCUCUGCCUUGACCAACUACCCUGAUACUACCAAAACACUACAACAGUUCUUUUAGUCACGAUGACACUCCAGGUUUUCACAUCACAUUGAAAAUCUCUUAUUUACCUUGAUUGGAGUCUGAAUCAACGGGUUCUGUCCGUCCCUCUGUCCUUUGCUACAACGAGUAGGGGGCGGCACCCAAGUGUUGUUGUGAUAGCCCCUGUAGUGUGUGAGUGGGUCCACCACAGCUCUACAGAGGUGGGCUAGUACCUGCUGCUCCACCACACUGGUUUCCCCCAGGCUGACCCUGCCUGGUGAAGGUAGUGGUUGGACCAGAUUUUAUUUUGGGGGGGGGGGGUUGGCGGGGGGGCCUAUGCUAUGGUGAGCUGUUCCCUGCCGUGCUGCUCAGGUUCUGAGAGACGCUCUGCUCGGCCCCGGGACAAAGGAUAGUCCUCGGGCAGAGGGGUUUAGGAGGAGGUGGCGGCGUGGGCCGCAGGACUUUUACCUUUUGCCUGCCGCGGGCGUGUUUUUGCGUGUGAGUGUGUCAUCGUGACCUCCAGCCGCAGCCAUGGUGAAGCUGGCCAACCCGAUGUACACCACCUGGAUCCUGGAGGCCAUCAAGAAGGUGAAGAAGCAGAAGCAGAGGCCUUCAGAGGAGAGGAUAUGCAACGCUGUGUCCAUGUCUCAUGGGCUGGACCGCAAGACCGUACUGGAACAACUGGACCUAAGCGUCAAAGAUGGAACCAUCCUCAAAGUGUCUAACAAGGGGCUCAACUCUUACAAGGACCCAGAGAAUCCAGGCCGACUGGCCUUCUCAAAGCCCCGGCUGGGAGGCAGUGUAGGUGGGAGUGGAAGUGGGGGUGGAGGAGGAGAAAGAGGAGGAGGAGGAGGAGGAGAAAGAGGAGGAGGUGAGAGAGGAGGAGAGAGAGGUGGGGGUCAUCAUGGGCAUGGGGGCCAUGGUGGGAGCCACCAUCACUCUGGGAAGAAACCAGGGCUGGACUGGAACAAGCUGAUCAAGCGGUCCCUCGAGGGUCUUCAUGAGCCUGGGGGCUCCACCCUGAAGAGUAUAGAGCGCUUCCUGAAGUGCCAGGGGGACGUGGCGGCCUACCUGUCUGGGAGCGGCUCCAUGGGACCCGGGCUGUUCCACCAGCAGCUGAGAGUUGCUCUGAAGCGGGCGUGUGCCCACGGCAGGGUGAUCAAGAAUGGGCCACUGUUCCGCCUCGUCAGCCGGAGCUCCCAACCCGAUGGGACGGGCACCGUGGCACUGGACUCCUUGCCACCCGUCCGUCUUCUGCCGCAUGAGAAGGACAAGCCGGUGGCAGAGCCUAUCCCCAUCUGCAGCUUCUGCCUGGGGACCAAGGAGUCGAACCGCGACAAGAAGCCAGAGGAGCUCAUCUCCUGUGCAGACUGUGGCAACAGUGGCCACCCCUCCUGUCUGAAGUUCUCCCCGGAGCUCACUGUACGAGUCAAAGCUCUGUGGUGGCAGUGCAUCGAAUGCAAGACCUGCAGCAACUGUCAGGACCAAGGCAAAAACGCAGAGAACAUGUUGUUCUGUGACUCCUGUGACCGGGGCUUCCACAUGGAGUGCUGUGACCCCCCACUGAUGCGGAUGCCAAAAGGCAUGUGGAUAUGUCAGAUUUGCCAGCCCAGGAAAAAGGGAAAAAAGCUCUUACAUGAAAAAGCAGCAGAAAUCAAACGACGUUACAACACACCGCUGGGACGACCCAAGAACAGACCUGGCCGGCCGUUCAAGAAGCUGCGUGGCUGGAGGAAGGGCGACCGUCGCUCUCAGGGAUCCUCCUCGCCGCACUCGUCGUCCAGCUCCUCCUGCGAGGGUUACCCUGGCGACGACCGCCUGCUGUUCUCCCUGAGGGAGGACUCGUCAGAGCAGGGCGGCCUGAGGUUCAACAAGAAGACCAAGGGCCUGAUCGACGCCCUCACCAAGUUCUUCACGCCGUCGCCCGACGGACGCAAGGCCCGGCAUGAGGUGGACUACUCCCAACAGUACCGCAUCCGCAAGAAGGCCAUUCGCAAGGGAGAGGGGGAGGACCGGCCAGGUGAGGAGGACAAUCAGGAGUGUAGCGACUGGCGGGAUGAUGAUGACAAGCUGCCAGGACAUGAGAACCUGACAGAGAAAGAUGUGGAGCUCUUCAGACACAUCCAGGAGUUGGCACUCCAGAAAGUGGGGGUGACUGGUCCUCCUGAUCCUCAAAUGCGUUGCCCGUCUGUCAUUGAGUUUGGCAAGUUUGAGAUCCAGACGUGGUACUCCUCUCCCUACCCACAGGAGUUCAGCAGACUGCCUAAGCUCUAUCUGUGCGAGUUCUGUCUGCGCUACAUGAAGAGCCGCAGCAUCCUUUUCCAGCACAUGAGGAAGUGUGCCUGGUUCCACCCUCCAGCCAACGAGAUCUACAGGAAGGAAGACGUCUCCGUAUUUGAGGUGGAUGGGAACGUGAGCACAAUCUACUGUCAGAACCUGUGUCUGCUGGCCAAGCUGUUUCUGGAUCACAAGACUCUGUACUACGAUGUGGAGCCCUUCCUCUUCUACGUCCUCACACAGAACGACAGCAAGGGCUGCCACCUGGUGGGCUACUUCUCCAAGGAGAAGCACUGUCAGCAGAAGUACAAUGUGUCCUGCAUCAUGAUUCUUCCUCAGUACCAGCGGAAGGGCUAUGGCCGUUUCCUCAUUGACUUCAGCUAUCUCCUGUCCAAGCGGGAGGGCCAGCCGGGCUCCCCAGAGAAGCCCCUGUCAGAUCUGGGUCGUCUGUCCUACAUGGCGUACUGGCGCAGCGUGGUGCUGGAGUGUCUCCAUGAGGUCCGCGACCGCCAGCUCACCAUUCGCAACCUCAGCAAGAUCACGGGCAUCUGCCCCCAGGACAUCACUGCCACACUACACCACCUGAACAUGCUGGAGCAGAGGGGGGACCGGCUAGUCCUGAUCCGGAAGGAGAAGCUGGUGUCCACCCACAUGGCCCGUCUCGCCGCUAGGCCCCGGCAGCUAGAGGUGGACCCCGACUGUCUCCGCUGGACCCCCGUCAUCGUCACCAACACCGUGGUGUCAGAAGGAGAGGACGAGGAAGAGGAGGAUGACGAGGAAGAGGGAGAGGAUGAUACCUGUUCGGAGAUUAAGCCCGGCCACAAGGUGUCUUCACUCUCCUGGCUUGUCCGAGGAGGAGAGAGGGAGCAGGAAGUGGAGGAGGAGGAGGAGAGGAAGUGUUUUGCGGGGUUCCCCACCAGCCAAAGCUCUCCGGCAUCCUCCCCAAUCCGUUGCCAACCACCUGUUCCCGACCACCGGCCCUCUCCCCCCGCUAACGGAGAGCGCAGGGGCCGGGGUCGCCCACCCAAGAACUGGCCCUGGGGCAAGGUGAAGGACGGGCCACGGGCUGAGAGGCGGCCGGGCCCGGGACGACCCCCUAAGGUCCGGGUGGAUUUGCAGGAGGACGACGACGAUGAGGAGGAGGAGGAGGACGACGACGACAGGGCUGAGGGCCUGAAGGCCAGCCCCACAUCCGCCAGCAGCCCACCCUCCCUCUUCUCGGACAGACAGCAGGCUGAGGCUACAGGCACCAUCAGGUCCCUAGAAAUGCUUGGCAGGCACCCAGCUGUCCCUCCCCCACGCAGCAGAGGGCGCCCUCCCAGGAAAAAGAGGGGCCCCAAACGCAGGCUGAGUGAGGGGCCAGGGGAUACCCUUCCCCAGUUGCCCCUGGCACCCAGGCUCAGCGACCCACCACCGGUCAGAAGGAGCUGCUUCAGUGAAAGCAGUGAGGGAGAGGAGGAGGAUGAUGACGAUGACGACGAAGAGGAGGAGGAGGAGGAGGAGGAGGAGGAGGAGGAGAGGGGAGCUCUUUCCCCACCCAUCCUUACCAAGCCCACCCUGGGGCUCAAAUGCAAGAAGCCGUUGAGGAAGAGGCGCAUGCGUCAACGCAGCCACAGCCAUCCUCACAGCAGUGUGGUGACCGAGACCAUCUCAGAGACCACAGAGGUUCUGGACGAGCCCUUCGUUGACUCUGACUCUGAGAGGCCCAUGCCCCGGCUGGAAGAGGAAUCCCCCUUGGGACACCCGCUGAAGCGCUACCCCCCGGGCCGCGCCGCCCUCCGACACACAGACCCUGGACCCAAGAGAGGCCGACGAGCCAACCUGACAGAGUCUGAGGAGGACGAAUCCACCUCGGUUCUGAAGCCGUUGGCCUCCCUACGGAACCCAGAGCCCACGGCCUUAGCAGAGACCCCCGCUGUCAAUCCAGAGGUGCCAGUCAAGAAGAAGAAAGGCUGGCCCAAAGGAAAGGCCCGCAAACCCCUGCAUUGGAAGAAGCGUCCGGGCAGACCGCCUGGCAGCGGGGCUAACCAAAAUUCAGGGGACCCCAGCCUGAACACCUUGGGGGACCCUCCCCCCCCAAAGAUCAAGAUGAAGCCGGGCCGCAAGCCCCGGAGCUGGUACCUUCAACGGGCCCAGGAGGAGGCGGAUCGACAGGAGGCAGAGAGACAGAGGCUGGGUCUAGGAGGGGAGGAGCAGCCGGACAAGCCCCCCCAGCAGCUAGAGGACCGAGCCUGCAAAAGGACGUCCAGGGUGGCAGCUGUCGACAGCGACAAACGCAAAGACACUGAUGAAGAGGACGACUACCUCCCCAAGCCUGUGGAGCAGAAGAUCCCCAAGCGACGGGGGCGGCCGCCCAAAAACCCAGCCCUGAGACCACAAGUCACCCCCAAGCCACCACCUGCUUCAGAGCCAGAGGAGGACGAGAAUGAGGAGACUGACAGAGGCUGGGUAGAGGACAAAUCCAGCCGCCCCCCGUCCCGCACAAUGCUCCCUCCAGCUUCUAGUGGAGGCCCCAGGGCCCCCCAGCCCAGCAGGCCAGACACAGACGUAGCUGACCGAGAGGAGGACGAAGAGGAAGAGGAGAGGGAGGAGUGUGCGGGCCUGGCCAACAGCAGCAGGAGGACGGCAGUCAUGCUAGGCUCCGGCAGCAGGCGCAGCGAUGACCACGACGCAGAUGACGAAGGGGACGGACACCUGGAGGACAAGAGCAGCAGCACCAAGAAGAGGAAAAGCCAAGACUCUGAUGAAGAGGAGGAGGAUGAAGACGAGGAGGAAGAGCCAGCCUCGCCUGCCCGCUCUCCUCCUGUUAAAGAGGAACCCCAAGGUGGGGAAGGUUUUUUAGACAUGCAGGGCAGCGUGCAGGCCAGAGACUCUUACGUCAGCAAGCAGGAGGAGGACGACGAAGAGGACGAGGAUGUGGAGGAGGAGCUGCAGGAGGUGAAAUGCCGGCCGCUGGACAAGGCACAGGACGAGAGGCGGCGGCGUGAGGCAGAGGAGUCGGCAGCGGCGGCGGCAGCAGUGGAGACGGUGACCGCCAUCUCGGCGCCCUCGGAGCCCCUGGAGCUUCAGCCGCUGCACCCCGAGGACAAGGCUGACACCCUGCUGAUGGAGCCCCAGCACCCCAACCCUCACCCGCACCCCCACGCUGACUCCUUCAAGGAGGAGCUAAGCCACCACCACGGGGCCCACCAGCACCAGCACCACCACCACCACAGCAACGAGCUGGACCUAGAGACGGUGCAGGCCGUCCAGUCUCUGACCCAGGGAGAGGCCCAGGACGAGGAGCCGGAGAGCCACGGGGUCUCUCACGGCGCCUACCAGGAUUGUGAGGAGACGCUGGCCGCCUGCCGCACCCUGCAGAGCAGCUACAGCCACACCGGGGAGGCCGAGGAGGAGGCUACCCACCUGGCCUUGGUGGAGGAGUGCGGAGCGUCCCAACACAGCAGCCCUCUGCCCCACACCAAUGCACCCAUGCCCCCUUUACCCAGCCAGUCAGUCCGCUCCGUCAACAGCCCUGCAGGAAUGACCCCAGGAGGGGUGAUGGAGUCUGGGCCUGGGCAACAGAGAGGGGGCACACCAGGCCCAACGGGAGGAACAGGAGGAGGAGGUGGGUACAACCAGAUCACCCCCGAGCACCCCAGCUCCCUGUCGGCCCCGUCUCAGCAGAACAUGGAGACCAGCCCCAUGAUGGACGUCCCGUCCGUGUCGGAUCACUCCCAGCAGGUGGUGGACAGUGGCUUCAGUGACCUGGGCAGCAUCGAGAGCACUACGGAAAACUACGACAACCCCAGCAGCUACGACUCCACCAUGGGUGGCGGGGGCAACGGGGGUGGCAACAACAGUGGCAACCACGCAGCGGUGGCCGCGGCCGCCUCUUCCUCGUCCACAGGCUCCUCUUCCUCCAACUCGGCCACGCCCUCCUCGCAGGGCAACAGCUGCUCGUUCGUCCCGGCGCCUGGCCUGACGUCUUCCGGUGGCACCGUGACGUCUCAGCUCGGCAUGGUCAGCUGCAGCCUCAUCCAGCAGACUGGCCCGGGAGGCGGCAGCAGCGCCAGCGUGCCCCAGCCUCCCCCGCCCCCCCGGCCCCCGUCCGCCAACACCCACCAGGGCAUCAAGUCCCCUCAGAGCUGCGUGAUCGAGAGGCCGCCCAGCGCCAGCCAGCAGUCCCAGAAGAAGGUUCAGCAGCAGCAGGCCUCUAACCCCCAGCCUCCACCCUCCGCUCCUCCCACCCCCCACCCGCCCCAGCAGCAGUCCCUGUCCCAGUGCAGUAUGGGGAACGGCUUUGCCUCCACGCCCAUGAUUAUGGAGAUCCCCGAGAGCGCAUCGCAGGGCGGGGGUCGGAGCCUGUACGAGAGAAUGGGCCAGGACUUUGGCGCGGGGGGUUACCCCCAGCCCUCGGCCACCUUCAGCCUGGCCAAGCUGCAGCAGCUCACCAACACCAUCAUGGACCCCCACGCCAUGCCCUACUCGCACUCUGCCUCUGUUACGUCGUAUGCCACCAGCGUUUCCCUGUCUAACCCCGGGCUGGCCCAGCUCGCUCCCUCCCCCCACCCCCCCUUAGCCCAAGGCCAGGCCACCAUGACCCCCCCACCCCAGCUGAGCUCCGGCUCCAUGAACCUGGGUUCCCUGCAGCUCCAGUGCAACAUGCCCACCAGCAACAUUGGCCUGCCUCCCCCGCCCCACACGCAGCGGCUGCAGGGCCAGAUGGCCACGGUAAAGGGCCACAUCUCCAUCCGCUCCAAGGCCCAGCUGGCCCCCGCUCCCUCCCCCCACCAGCAGCAGCUGUACGGCCGCAGCUCCGGGGCCAUGUCCAUGCAGGGCUCGCCCCGUACCCUGGCCGUGCAGCGUGGCAUGAUGCCCAACCUCAUGCCCACGGCGGCCGGCUACAACACAAUGAACAUGAACCAGCUCAACGCCAUGUCGGCCAGUUACCGCAUGCCCCAGCCCAUGAUGAACAGUGGCUACCACGGGAACCCCCCCUACAUGAACCAGCCAGCCCAGUACCCUAUGCAGAUGCAGAUGGGCAUGAUGGGGGGGCAGGGUUACCCGCAGCAGCCUAUGCAGCCCAAUCACCAUGGCAACAUGAUGUACACGGGCCCCACCCACCACAGCUACGCUGGCGUCCCCAAACAGUCGCCUUACAUGAGCAGAUGAGCAGGUCACGGUAGGACAGCGUCGCAGCUCUGUAGGUGGAGGCGGGACGUCCGCUCCCGACCUGACCUGACACUCGCUGAUGAGUGGGGGAUUUGGCUGUUGCCUCUGUUUACCGUAUUGCUUAGUGUUGUAUCCACCCUCUCCGAAGCCAGAGCGAGCGAGCACAAAGGGAAGCGUGAGACGAGUGAGAGGGAAGACUUGUUUUCACCGUUUUGUAUGUUGUCAUUUCGUUUUGUUCAGUUGGACUCACCCCCGCCCCCCAAGCUGGCUGUGCAGGGAGUGAGCCGGCAGGGCUGGGGUGAUACGUAAUGUGUUAAUGAACCUCUGGUACCGUAUGUACAGACAAACCACGCGCUCCCCUCUGGCACGGUUUCUACACCAAACGGAAGGCUCCCCUCUACCGGUAACCUGGCGGAGAGUGGAGAAAGGGGAAGAUGGCUGUAAGAUGGACUUUGGAGGACAUUACAUUGAGACAACUGAGCAAGGCAAAAUAAUGGUUAACUAAAUAUAUGAAACCAUGCACACAAUAUUUUAAUUGACAUAGGAAGCCUUACCUUAAAAAAGAGACGAUGAUAAUUGUAGAUGGACUCUUUGUUUUUGUUGUUUUCAUUUUGAAUGUUUUUGUUUUCAUUUUGAGGACCAUUGGAAAUAACUUUGUGUUCAGUGUGACCUAUUUGCUUUGGUCUUGGUGUGGCAUACUGGAAUGGUGGCUUAUUCGCCUAGCUCCAACACUCCCCACUUACACACUCCAUCGCCGCUGUCUGAGCCGGGGCACUUCAGUCUGAUAUGAGUAAGGCUUCAAUGGAAAACGUGGUAUCUGGUGUCUGUCUUCCUGUUAGGGUGUUUGUUUAUCAGGCCAGAAUGGAGGAAUCCAGCGACGGAGCAGAGGAGCACUUCAGGCACUGUCCGUUAAUAUGUUCACAAAUAAACCCGUAGUGAUCUGAUCACCGCCCACAGGAUGCUGUAGCUGUACGUUCUGAAAUGUUUCAAUGUAAAUAUGCUGGUACUUCCUAUCCAUUCACAGCACAGUCAGUCUUCCCUCAGUGGCAGACAGAAGACGUUGCAGCGUUCACUUUUUUUUUUUUUUCUCUCACUCCACAGAAGCCUAUUACUAGGCCUUUUUACCCAAUAGACAGUGUAUGUCUCAGCCCCGUGCAGUUUACCUUCCAGGGAAUCAAUAAGUACUCAAAGAGAAAUGUGGUCUGCCAGGUGGAGUAACUCACUGCUUUAAGGAAAAUCGGCUGAGCAAGUUAAUUAAGUGUUAGUGACCCACAAAAAGAGGUCAAGGCAUUUUCUCUGAGCUGUGUUUUCUGUUGAAACGAGUUCAUCUGUACAAGUCGGCAGUGCACUUCCGUUAACGUGUUGAGAAGUCUCAGCUCUGUGGACCAUCAGAGAAGUGGGCAAUGCCAGAAACUGCAUUGUUUACGCGCACCAAACACACAGACAUCUGGUUGGUUAACUGUGUUAGGAUGGGAAUGGUGGUUAAGGAAUUGACCCAGUUGUCUGUGUUCCAGUAUUCAAUGUUGAAAUGUGGAUACUUUUCUUACAGACCUGACGUCUUCAUAUAUUAUUUGUGUUUUUUUUGUUGUUUUGUUCGUUUCAUCUUCUCUGAAUUUUAUCAGACUGGGCAGCUUUCUUUUAUGACACAAGCUGACUCUUUUUGACUUUAGAAAACCUAUUGUAGAGAAUGUUUUUUCUAUAAUAUAAAAAAGAAAAAUUCUGACAUUGAUAUUGGUACUGUCAUUUUUUUCACUUCUGUUUCAGGAAAAAACAAUACAUAUUUUUUAGCUCAACUCUUGAGGUAAUAUUAUUAAGAAAUUCAAAACUUAAAAAAAAAUACCACUCACUUUUGGUGAAUUUAAGAUGCCUUUAACCUCUCCAUUCCAUCUCAUCUGUAGAGUUUUCUAUCUUUGUGUAGUAUAUUAAUGCUAUUUUAAAACAAAAGGAAAAAACAAAUAUCUAAAGGUCACUUAGCCGUUCUUUUGUUUUGAUUAUUUUGUGUAUAGGACGACUUCCUUACAUUUAAGAGGCAUGUAAAAAUGAGCUCAGUAUAUUUGUCUGUUUAUAUCGCUUCCCUUUUUGUAUCCUUUGUAAUUGUACAUGUUGCGUUGUAAGCUACGAGAAGUGCGCAAAAUGUAGAGGAGUUGGCCUGGCUGGGCGCAAGGCAAAGGUUGAUAGCGCCCGGCUACCUCUGUCUCUACUUUGUCCCUGUAUGUAUUUCCAUUUAUUCGUUUUUUUCUUCUUAGCAAGUACUUUCAAAGAACUCUGUACAUUUUAACAUAAAACAAAAAUAAAUUAUGUUGAGCCA